AUGUACCCAGCGCCCCUUUCCCCAAACUGGACCCACGCCCGCCACCUCGCUCGCAAUUUCGUCAGCCAAUUAAACAUCACAGAAAGAUCAAACAUGGUAACAGGCACCUACCAUGCCACUACUCUCGACGGCGAGUUCAUGAAUUGUAUCGGCAACAUCAGUCCCAUCCCGCGUCUCAAUUUCACAGGAAUUUGUUUGAACGAUGGACCCGCCGCUGUUGCUCGUCAAGAUCUCAUCAGUGUUUUUCCUUCUGGUGUCACAUUAGCUGCAACAUGGGAUCGUGACUUGGUAUUCCAAAGUUACAGGGCGUUGGGGCAGGAAUUUAGAGAGAAGGGUACGCAUGUUGCUUUAGGACCAGUAGCAGGACCCCUCGGUCGUCAUUCCUUGGGAGGUCGCAAUUGGGAAGGAUUUUCCCCUGAUCCCUAUCUCACCGGUCAUCUAAUGACCGCUUCCAUAACCGGCAUGCAAAGCGUUGGGGUCCAAACCUCUUCCAAACAUUUCAUCGGCAAUGAACAAGAAACCCAGCGAACCAACUCCCAACUUCCAGACGGAACGAACAUCGAUGCGGUUUCUGCCAAUAUCGAUGAUCGAACCCUUCAUGAAUUAUAUCGCUGGCCCUUUACAGAUGCAGUACGUGCUGGUACCACUUCAAUAAUGUGUAGCUAUAACCGCGUCAAUGGAACUUACGCAUGUGAAAAUCCGCAUCUACUCAACGAUAUCCUGAAAGGCGAAUUGGGAUUCCAAGGCUACGUCGUCUCGGAUUGGUUCGCCACACAUUCCGGAUAUCCUGCCGCAAACGCAGGUCUCGAUAUGGACAUGCCUGGGUACGUUUCCCAAAGCGCCAUAUAUACCGGUGAAACAUAUUUCGGUCCCCAUCUCAUCUCCGCCAUCCAAGCGGGCAAUAUGACGGAAGAUAGAUUAGACGAUAUGGUCACCCGAAUCAUGACACCUUAUUUUCUCCUUAAUCAAUACAGCGAUUAUCCCACUCCCGACCCGAGCCAAGCAUACGUCCUAGCAAACAUGUACGGCUUCGAUUUCGGCGACCAAAUUCCCGCCCGUGACGUCCGCGCUAAUCACUCCUCUCUGAUACGAAAAAUCGGCUCUGCAGGAACCGUCCUCUUAAAGAAUACCAACAACAUACUCCCAUUAUCCAAACCCCUAAAUAUAGGCAUAUUCGGCAAUUCCGCUCCCGACCCUACUGACGGUUUCUCCUGGCCGCUAGACGUCCCCACCAACGGCUUCGACAUUGGCACCCUCGAUAUCGGCGGUGGAUCCGGCUCCGCUCGUCACACUACCCUCGUAUCCCCUCUCGCUGCCCUCCGAAACCGUGCCGCUACAUACGGCGCACGCAUCCAAUAUCUCACCAACAACGCACUCCUUUCCACCUUCUCUUUCGGCAGCAUCUACCCCACCCCAGAAAUCUGUCUCGUAUUCUUCAAAACCUUCUCCUCAGAAGGUGUAGAUCGUGAAUCCUACCCCCUAGACUGGAACUCCACCCUCGUCGUAAACAACGUCGCAUCUUUCUGCCACGGCAACACCAUCGUCGUCACUCACUCCUCCGGGAUAAACACUCUCCCCUUUACCCAAAACCCCAACGUCUCCGCCAUCCUCCUCGCCCAUUACCCUGGCGAAGAAUCCGGAAACUCCAUCGUCGACAUCCUUUUCGGGGACGUCAACCCCUCCGGAAAACUCGCCUACACAAUCCCCAUCCACGAAACAGACAUGCACAUCCCCAUCGUGAAUCUCAGCAACUCCGAAGUCCAAACCAAGGGAGCUAAUGCCUGGCAAAGUAAUUUCACCGAAGGCCUCGCAAUCGAUUACCGAGGUUUCGAAAUGAAAAAUGUAACUCCCCUCUACGAAUUCGGAUGCGGAUUAAGCUAUACGACGUUCAAUCUCACUUCCUCUCCCUCCAUCCAAAACCUCACAAACCAAUCCGUCACCGCGCGUCCGGAUCCCCUCUUCCCCAUCCUCCCAGGCGGAAACGCAGAUCUGUAUACCCCUCUCUUCACCCUCACCACCAGCGUCAAAAAUACAGGAAAUCGUACGGGCGCCACAGUUUUCCAAAUGUAUAUUUCUCUCCCGGAAAAAACUACGCCCGAAGAAACCCCGAAGAAAGUGUUGCGCGGGUUUGAAAAGGUGGAGAUGGAGGGGGGAGAGGAGAAAGAAGUGGUGUUUUCGGUGCAGAGGAGAGAUGUGAGUUAUUGGGAUACGGUAUUGGGGGAUUGGGUUGUGCCGGAGGGGGAGAUAGGAGUUAUGGUAGGGUUUAGUGUGCAGGAUUUGAGAGCGAGGAUGGGGGUUGUGGUUAGAUAG